CCGUUUAACAAAUGAAUCACAAGGAAAGAAGUUUUCGAAAUUUAAUAAUAAGUUUAAAAUGGCAAAUGAGCCAAAAUUGCAAAUGGAAUUCGUGUUUGAGAAUGAACACAAAUACACAGCUCCUCGUAAAGCAUCGUGGAAUGAGAGUAUCUUAUUAAAUUUGCGAAAGUUGGAUUCUGUGAAAGAGUCUGAGCUAAUUAUUAGAUGUUGGGAUAAUAGUGUAAAAGGACCGGAUGGUGUUAUAAUCGAGGCAAAGGAGAACCUAUAUCGCUCGGAAAAUUACGAACACUCUGAAAAUGUGUUUACCCUGAAUUUACAGACAGAGAAAAAUCAAGUUGAAUUGACAUUCAAAAUUUACUUUGUAGAAAAUAAGCCACCCAAGAACAUAUUACAAAGAGUUUAUGAAGAGGAAGAAAGGAUCGGGAUGAUCUUAAUAACUGGUUUAAAAUAUAAAGAUAUGUGUGGAAUGUCUGGUUUUUUAGAGUUUAAACUGGACAAAGAAAAGCACUCAACUAAAGAUUACUGGACAACCUCUAAGUCUGAAUUAAAAUCACCAGUUUCUUUGUUUUUGGUUGACAAAAUAAGCACAUUGACUAUACAUUGUGUACUUUCAAGUAGUCAGGGAUGUCCAACAGAUAAAAUAAAAAUUGGCCCAUCUAAUGAUAAGUCAGAGAAACUUUGGGACAAUUUAACAAAGCUUGGUUUUUGUGCAGUUGGGCCGGUUAUAUUAUCAGAAAGAGGAAUGGAUUAUUCAAGUGUUGAAUUUUUAUUGUCCCUUCAUACAAUUUUGUCAAUCGAUCCAUUGACACUAUCACCUCCUCCAUCACCUUCGUUGCCACCAUCACCGAUUUUUUCUAAUAUAAAUAUUGACUCAACAUCUAACAUUGAAAUAAUUGACUCGGCUUCUAACAUUGAAAUAAUUAACACAGCAGUAACAUCUCCUUUUAAAUCUUCUUAUCCAAUCCCACCAUCACCCACAACAACUUCUUCAUCAUCAAUAAGUCUGAUUGAUGAUGAUUACAAGACAAAAAGUAACCGAAGCAGCAAUAUUUAUGAACCUUCAUUUAUAUCACGUGAUUCAAUUAACUAUGAUUCUUAUUCAACUUCAAUUACAUCACCAUGGUCAUCACCAUCAUAUGUUGCUGAUAAGCAAACAAUCUCAGAUAAAUAUUUUAUUAAAAACCAAAUGACCAAACAGUCAUCAUCAUCAAUAUUUAAUCAGAGAAAUAAAAUCUUUUUUG